CGCCAACGACUCGGCUUUCGCGGGGGCUGCUGGGUCUUGGUGUCGGGGACGCGCGGGGGUGCGCGCAGCCCUGAGGCGCGCUUCCUUGGUCGCGCGCGCCAGACUCCGAGGAAACCGAAGACGCACGAGGGGGGAACGCGUCGAACAUGAAGAGGCAGGGGGCCUCCUCGGAGCGGAAACGGGCGCGCAAACCGUCCGGGAAAGCCGGAAUGACAAAUGGAUUUCUCAUGGAAGUGUGUGUUGAUUCAGUAGAGUCAGCUGUAAAUGCAGAACGAGGAGGUGCUGGCCGGAUUGAAUUAUGUUCUGGCUUAUUGGAAGGAGGAACCACACCCAGCAUGGGUGUCCUUCAAGUAGUGAAGCAAUGUGUCCAGAUCCCAGUUUUUGUGAUGAUUCGUCCACGUGGAGGUGACUUUUUAUAUUCAGAUCGUGAAGUUGAGGUGAUGAAGGCUGACAUUCGUCUUGCCAAGCUUUAUGGUGCUGAUGGUUUGGUAUUUGGAGCAUUGACUGAAGAUGGAAACAUUGACAAAGAGUUGUGCAUGUCCCUUGUGGCUAUAUGCCGUCCUCUACCAGUCACUUUCCACCGAGCCUUUGACAUGGUUCAUGAUCCAGUGGCAGCUCUAGAGACCCUCUUAACCUUGGGAUUUGAACGAGUAUUGACCAGUGGCUGUGACAGUUCAGCACUAGAAGGGCUACCCUUAAUAAAGCGACUCAUAGAUCAGGCAAAAGGGAGGAUUGUGGUAAUGCCAGGGGGUGGCAUAACAGACAGAAAUCUACAAAGGAUCCUUGAGGGUUCUGGUGCUACAGAAUUUCACUGUUCUGCUCGGUCUGCUAGAGAUUCAGGAAUGAAAUUUCGAAAUUUCUCUGUUGCCAUGGGAGCCUCUCUUUCUAGCUCAGAAUAUUCUCAAAAGAAAAUAACAAGCUGACCCUAAAAUUUAUCUGGAAAUACAAGAGACCCAGAGUAAUCAAUCUUGUAAAAGAAGAACAAAGUUGGAAGACCUACAUUUUAAAACUUACUGCAAAGCUACAGUAAUUAAGAUAAUGUGGUACAGGCAUAAAGAUGAAUAUAUAACUCAAUGCAAUAGAAUUGAGAGUCCAGAAAUAAGAGUCAAUUGAUUCUUGACAAGGGUGCCAAAACAAUUCACUGGGGAAAGAAAGGUCUUUUUAACAAAUGGUGCUAGGACAACUGGAUAUCCACAUGCAAAAGAAUGAAGUUGGACCUUACUUCACAUCAAGUACCAAAAUUAACUCAAAUGGAUCAUAGACCCAAAUAAAAGAACUAAAACAUAAAACUCUGAGAAAGAAACAAGAGUAAAUCUUUGUGACCUUGGGUUAGGCAAAGCUUUAGAUAUGACCUCAAAAGCACAAAUGACAUAAAAAAAAUGGGUAAAUUAGACUUUAUCAAAAUUGGAAACUUAGGCUCAAAGGAUAACAUCAAGAAAUUGAAAUGAUGACCCACAGAAUGGGAGAAAAUGUUUGCAAAUCAUAUCUGAUAGAGGGCUUACCUCCAGAAUAUAAAAAAAUACUUAUAGUUCAACAAUAAGACAACUCAAUUUUAAAAUGGGCAAAGGAUUUGUAUAGACAUUUCACCAAAGAAGGUAUACAGUUGACCAACAAGUACAUGACAAGAUGCUCAACGUCAUCAGUCAUUAGGGAAAUGCAAAUCAAAACCCCAAUGAGGUACCAUUUUACACCCACUAGAAUGACUAUAAUGGAAAAGACUGACCAUACCAAGUGUUGGCAAGUAUGUGAAGCAACUAGAACUUUCACAUACUGCUGGUGGGAAUGCAAAAUGGUGAAGCUGCUUUGUAAAAUAGUCUGGGGGUUUCUCGAAAUGUUAAACAUAGAGUUUCCAUAUGUCACAGCAAUUCUAUGCAUAGGUAUAUACCCAAGAGAAUUGAAAACAUGUUCACACAAAAAUCUGUAUCCAAAUGUUCAUUAGCACCAUCAUUCAUCUUCUAGAAUUAGAGAAUAACCAUUUUACAAUCCUUAAUGACAAAUCAGUUCAAGACCACCAAUACUAAAACCAUCAGGUAAAAGGUUGAGUAGGAGCUGAAUAUCCUAUAGAUUAUUUGCUACUCGUCAAAGUAGGAACUUAAUGUUAUAAUCAAGCUAUCUGGUGAUUAUCAACUUAAUCCAGUGGACAAACAAUAUUACUAGCAGUGGGAGAGUAUACUACUGAAAGACAGAAUUUGAGAGGGGAAGAGGUCACCCAGAGUGCACAACCUCUGUUAGGAAUUGCAGUUUGGAGGUCUCCAGGGUGCCUCAAGGAAGAGCUGGACUACCUGGAAAGCAGCUGUAACAAAGUGCGAUGGUUAGCCGUUGAUUAAGCAAGAGUGAACUACAGCAGCAGCUCAUAGGGUGGCUUGGAAUUUUCCAACUUUAGCAUUGAAAAGUCCCAGAGCCUGGGAAACUCCUCAGUGCCAAGGAAACUGGGAAAGUUCAGUCACUCUACCAGUCAAUAAAAUAACUGUGCCUCUUUUCUUCAGUCCUCACAUCCCUGCCCCAAUCCUGGAAAUUAGAUGGCAAGGAAUUGAAUAACAAGGAAAAAUGAUAAAAGGAAUGACACUUCUCUCCCUGACAGUCACUGAAGUCAUUGAGCCAAGAAAAGAGAGUGCCUUUAAAAUGAAUGUGAGACACUGAAUUAUUUCCUCUGAUUUGUUCUUCAAAUAUAUUAAAACGAAAACAAUUAUUCCUAAAAAAAUAAAAUAAAAGUAAAAUGAAUGUGAGAUUGUUUUGUGGGUGAUAAUAAUGUUCCAAAAUUGAUUACAGUGAGGUUUGCACAACUCUGUGAAUAUGCCAAAAACCACUGAAUUGUACACUUUAAGUGGGUGAAUUACAUGUAAUUUAUAACUCAAUAAAGCUGUUUUUUUUUUUUAAAGAUUUUAUUUAUUUAUUUGUGAGAGAGAAUGAGAGACAGAGAGCACGAGAGGGAGGA